UGUGGCCUUGAUCCGAACAUUGGAGGCAUUAUCCCACCCUCAUCUACCUCGACUUUCCCUUCUCGUGCACUCGACCUUGGUCCCGUUCGUAGAUCCAUCCGAUACGGCGCUGCCGUGCUCCGUGGUCGGCGGGGUCAACCGAAAGACAAGAACUGGACCGGGAUGGGUGAGGAGGGGGUCACCCAUUUUCACUUCUUCUCAGAAUCAUCGGACAAAGUCAAUACCGUGCCACAUGACAGGACACGACACAAAACAGACCCUUCUUUACUCCCAGAUAAUAUCAGCCCUGUGGGUUUGGUAAGAGUCAUACCUCACAUCGGGACUUUUCUUGUACCCCCCAUUUGGUAUCUGGUGUUGUCUCUUAUAAUCCAGCCAAACCAGCCAGCCCUUUUCUCACGUUUCCCUCUUUUCAGUGACCGAAGCGCGCGCGUCAUACUUCGCCCAGCUACAGUCUGUCCCGGAAACUCUCCUUUACACCAUCUUCUUCUUUUCGUCUGCCUCGUCCGCGGAACCACAGCCGGGCAGCCUGAUCUUGGCCCUCGGUUGCCUUCUUUUCUCCUGAUCCCUGCUUCUGCAUUCUUCUGUCCAUCACUGCUGCGGCUCGGCGGCAGCCUGCCUUUGGAUCUACGGCGUACCACCACUACGACAACGGCACUACCCCAUCAAAACCCACCAGAAGAGAGAGAGGCAUCAGAAAAGCCGAACGCGUCGGCGCCAGAUUUGCCAAUAUAUCGCUGCCUGACCUACCUCGGCAUAUCUCUUCCUAUCUCUUUGUUUUCUUCGGACCUCACUGUCCUUAGGACAUCGCCGACGUGCGACAAUGCGGCUCUUGGUAGUCAACGACGACGGUCCCCCGUCCCCCGUCUCGCCCUACCUGGCGCCCCUCAUCACCGCCUUGAACGAGGCGGGCCACACGACUGUCGUGGUCAUCCCCGACAAGCCGCUCUCGUGGAUCGGUAAAGCCCACGCCGUCGGCAAGACCCUGACCGCAGAGAGCAAAUGUCCAGCGUCAUUCUGUUCAGAUGACGCCAACAAAACUUGCAGCAUCCCCGGCUGCGGCGAGACGGAAGACCGCACCCACCGCUGGCUCAUCGUAAACGGGCCCCCGGCAAGCUGCACCCAACUAGGCCUCUUCCACACGCCCAACCUCUCCCCGCAAGACUUUGACCUCGUCAUAUCGGGCCCCAAUCACGGCCGCAACGCCAGCACCGUCUACGCACUCAGCAGCGGCACCGUCGGCGGCGCCCUGGAAGCCGCGCAGUGCGGGCGCCGCGCCGUGGCCCUCAGCUUCGGGAGUAAGGACCCGCAACCGCCGACGACCAUCCGCGCGGCGUGCGUGCGCGCCGUGAAGCUCGUGGAGGAGCUCGUGAGGGAGUGGCACCCGCAGGUGGAGGUGUAUAGCGUCAAUGUGCCCAUGGUCGCCGACGUCGGUGAGGCGCCGGUGAGGUUGACGAAGAUCGCGGAGGGGAGAUGGGUCACGGGGGGCUUGUUUGCUCCCGUGCUUAACGACUCUGCUGCCGAUCCUGAGAAGUUGGCGAUGUCGGCGUCGCGGACGUAUCAGUUUCGGUGGGCGCCGCAGCUUGGUGAUAUCAAGCGGCAAGCUGAGGAGAGUCCCGAGGGUGAGGAUCUGUGGGCUUCGCUUAAUGGCGUCAUUAGCAUCGCUCCGUUGAAGGCGAGCUUUACUGCCGUGAAUGUGCAAGAAUAAGCCUCUCUGGGGACAGGUUACCACACCCUCCCCAGGUGCUCGGUGAGAAAGGUGAAUUAGAGUUCUGGCAUUCUUAGAGGUCCGUUUACGAAGUGCGGUAUAAAGAUGGUGGAUAUAAAUUUGGAGGCAUAGAUUUAGAAGGGAAUAUCUAGACUUGGAAGUAUAGUGAUGGGCUCACUACAACGUUGGACUUUGAGAGAAGUAAAGAUGAGCAGACUCUUAGAUGGACACACAACCAUUGGCGCUAUCUUCGAUAAAGAUCCCACCGUAAAUCAGACCUUCGUUGAGGUUACUAGAUUGAUACCCCGAGUUCACCACGUCAUCGGUACCCGUGGGCUUCUUCAAGAUGCCGAUCUGGUACUGCCCGUCGCCGGCGAGAUUGACCGGGACAGCACCACCCAGC